AAAACAUUAACUCCGCUUCUGUAGAAGUUCAGAUCAGCGGCUGCAGACGUUCACCUAAAGGGUUACUGGUGUCAUCAGGAUGACCUCCUUUAUGUGUCCCUUCCUCUUCCUCCUCCUCAUAUUUUCCUCCAUCAGCGCCAUCAAUCCUCCUGGGUUUAAAGUCCGGAUCACCAACCGUGCUCUGAACACAUUGAGAGAUGAAGCUCAGGCCUUGAUUCAGGAGCAAGUGGUUGGAAAAACAUUCGAAAGCAUUGACUUUUUAAACGUUCAUUUAAGAAAUCUGAGGUUCACUGAAGUCACUAUGAAUCGAGUCCAUCUCCAGUUCGUGGAGAACUACGGUUUCCGGCUCGUGAUCGAGGACUUCAGGUUUACCAUGAACUGUGACAGCACUGUAAAUUUUUAUGUUGUUCAGCCCAGCGGAUCUGCUACAUUGGCCACUAAUGGGGCAUCCGCCACCAUGGAAGUGGGUCUAACUAGAACUGCUGAUGGACGACUAGAAGCCGCCAUGAGGAACUGCAAGGUUUCAACCAACCAACUUCAGAUUGUUGGAACAGGUUUACCCAGGAUCGCUGAGGGGGCAUUGGAAAAACUUUUAAUCUACCUGGUCUGCACUCUAAUCAAUCGAAAAGGCAUAUCUGCGCUCAACAGCUACCUGAGCACAGCUCCAAUGGUAGCAGACGUCUUCCCAGACCUUGGCAUCAAGCUUGACUAUUCCCUAACCAGAGACAUCCAAGUCACAACCCAAAGCCUGGACAUGUCUUUCAAAGGCCAGGCAUACGUGCAAAACCAGCCGCCUCUCAUGGAGAAAGGUGGCGUGGAGCCUGUUUUCAAAGAGAACAACAUAAUGGCUUAUGUGGGCAUCACUGAGUUUUUCUUCAAUUCUGCAGCCAGAUCAUUUUACGACGCUGGGAUCAUGAGCAAGAAGUUCGAGAUCAAAUCGAAAAUUGGAAAGGCCGCUUUAAGAAUCAUCCAGUUUUUCACAGAGGACUCCAUUGCCUCCUAUUUGUUACAAAACAGAAGACAAAGCUGA